AAUAAACAAAAAUAUAUUUAUGUUAGAAUAUUAUUCUUCAUAAUAAUAAAAUGUAUCGAUGAUUUAUUUAACCUGGUGAUAAAUUAAUUUUAAAAAAUAUUUACAUAAAUUUUUAGACAAAUCUUUAACAAGUUUGAAAUUAAAAAAAAAAAAAAGUAAUGAAUAAGAAUUUUUUUUAACGUUGAUAAGAAAUUAUUUAUCGAUCAAAAAGCGUAAAAGCUGCAAAAAAUAUUGUUAAAUGUAAAAUUAAACAUAAGUCUUUUCAACUCUAAUAAUUAAAAAAAAAAAAAAAUAUAUGACACUUGCGCGCUUCUGAUUCUACACGACGAUAUCCAAUUAAUUUACUCAAUAUAAAACUUAAAAAAAUAUUACAAUUCAAAACAUUAUUAUCAAAAAUAUAUGUAUAAAAAACAAAAAAAAUUCACCCAAGUAUAAUAAUAAUAAUUAAAGUUUAUUAUUAUUUAUAUACAAAUGAGAAAAAAAAAAAAAAAACAAGCAGUAACAAUUAUUUUUAAUAAUAGCAAUUAUUUCAAGAAAUAUUAUCAAUGCAAUUAAAUUUUGCAAAAUAAAAUUUUUCAUUGAAACGACAUUAAAAUAAAUAAAAAUAUUUUUAUUAUUUAAAUAAAAACAGAAAUAAUACGAGAUUGAUAAACAAGAAAAAAAUAUAAAAAAGAAUUUUGUCUUUUUGCUGAUGCAUUUAAAUGUAAAUUAAUUUUUUUUUUUCAUCAAUAAAGUACAGUUAUUAUCAAGUAAUAAUCAUGUCUCGUUUAUCAAUUUAUUUUCUUGUUGGAAUUGCAGCACUUGGUUUCAUUGGUAUUGCAGAAAGUACAGGAUCAUCAUGUAGAUUUUGUGUACAAGAUUUAAUUGACGCUUUGAAAUGUCAUAAGUACUGUAAUGUUCGAAAACUAUGUGAUUUAUUACAAAGAUAUAUGAGAUAUAAGGCAACAUUAACAGCCAGUGUGAUUGCGGAAAUAGUAAGAUUUUCUUGUUCAUCUGAUUGUGGAGAUGGUUUUGUAGCUACCACUGAUCUUAUCAGUCUUUGUAAUAUUUUGAUAGGCAGUGGUACACUUUUCUCAGGCGAGGUUUAUUUAAGUACCUGGUUGAACAUUUGUUAUAACAUUUGGACACGUAAUUUUAAUACGUGCCAUUCUAUUCUCAGCAUAUUUCCAUUAUUUGGUUAAUGGUAUAAUGAAUAUUUUUUUAAUAUUAAAAUAAUAUAUAUGUUUCUUUUUUCUAUCAAAGAAGAGACAGAAAAACUAUAUUGUGAAAAAGUAAUA